AUGGAACACGAGAAUCAAACCUUUGUAAGAGAGUUCAUUCUCCUGGGAUUAGCAUGGAAUUGGGAACUGCAGCUGUUCCUCUCUGUUCUCCUCCUAAUCUUUUAUGUCAUCAUCUUACCUGGGAAUAUCCUUAUCAUUGUAACAAUUAGGACCGAUGUCCAGCUACGGUCCCCCAUGUUUUUCUUCUUGGCCAAUCUGGCCUUCAUGGACAUCUGCUACAGCGCUGUUACCCCUCCCAACAUGAUAGCCAACCUCUUCAACAAGCAAAAAUCCAUCUCCUAUCAAGGCUGCAUGGCUCAGAUUUUCUUCAUCCACUUCCUGGGUGGGGCUGAGUUUUUCCUACUCAUAGCCAUGGCUAUUGACCGGUAUAUGGCCAUCUGCCACCCUUUACACUAUGCCACCAUGGUGACCAGAGCGGUUUGCUGGGUGUUGGUGUCAUGUGCAUGGGGUGGAGGCUUCAUACACUCUAUGAUCCAGAUGGGUCUCAUCCUCCCGCUCCCAUUCUGUGGUCCGAACAAACUGGACAACUUCUUCUGCGACGUUACCCAGAUCAUCAGGCUGGCUUGCACCAACACCUACUUUUUGGAGUUUGUCAUGUUUAUCAAUAGCGGCCUGGUCAGUACUGCGUGCUUCAUCCUCCUCCUCAUCUCCUACGGGGCCCUGCUUAUCAAGGUGAAGGUGGGCUCCAGCCAAGGGAAGACCAAAGCCGCCUCUACUUGCGUCACCCACAUCAUCAUCGUCUUCAUCAUGUUCUGUCCUGCCAUUUACGUUUACUGCCAUCCUUUCCGGGACUUCCCCUUUGACAAGUUGGUGGGCUUUUUCCACACGGUGGUCUUUCCCUUGAUGAAUCCCAUGAUCUACACGCUGAGGAACAAGGAGGUCAAAGUUGCCAUGUUCAGAAUGCUCAGGAAAUAUAAACCUAGGAGGGGCAAGUGA